UGAAGCACUGGAGGAGGGCUGCUUGAACUCAAGUGGCGCACAGUGAAAAGGCGGCGGAGAGCGGUCCAAACCGGGGGCAGAGGUCAGGCGACAUGUGCGCGCUGACCCCGCUCCUCCUCCCCCCCCGCGAAGCAGGAUUUGUUUUAUUCUGAAAAUGCGGCGCGCAGAAACAGCGACAGCCCCAAAGAGCCGCAGGCGCUGCGAUGCUAAUGUUGUCGGGGGCUUUGACUUCUCCCUCAGCCAUUGCGAGGCAGCUGCUCGGUGCGACAGCCACGGAGCUCCGGUCCUCCCUCGACAACGCUCUGUUAUCGCUGAACUCCGCGCGACCAUGGACGAAACGGAUAUCAUGGACUUGACGCAUCAGAAGGCGAGGAAGCGACCGCGGCCGAUCAGCUCCGUGGACGACUCGGUGCACGCUGCCCUGAAGAGAGUCCCGGCGCGGGAGAUGUUCGCCGUCAGGGGCGAGCCCAUCCCCGCGGCUGGACUCAAGCAGAACGACCACGCGCUGACCUCCUCUCCGACCACGGUGAUGCCCGCACAGGAUAACCGCUCCAGCAUGUCCAGGCCCAUGAUCACGCGCUCGCCAGUGUCUCCCCUGAGUAACCAGGGCAUCCCGACUCCCGCACAGCUCACCAAGUCCAACGCGCCUGUGCACAUCGACGUGGGCGGCCACAUGUACACCAGCAGCCUGGCCACCUUAACCAAAUUCCCAGAAUCCCGAAUCGGCCGCCUCUUUGAUGGCACAGAGCCCAUAGUCCUGGACAGCCUGAAGCAGCACUACUUCAUUGACAGGGAUGGACACAUGUUCCGCUACAUCCUCAACUUCCUCAGGACGUCCAAGCUCCUCAUACCAGAAGACUUCAAAGACUACAGUCUGCUCUACGAGGAGGCUCGCUACUUCCAGCUGCAGCCCAUGCUCAACGAGCUGGAGCGCUGGCGCCAGGACCAGGAGCUGAACCGGGUGUCGCGCCCCUGCGAGUGCCUGGUGGUGCGCGUGGCCCCCGACUUGGGCGAGAGGAUCACCCUGAGCGGCGACAAGGCGCUGAUCGAGGACGUCUUCCCGGAGAUCGGCGACGUCAUGUGCAACUCCGUCAACGCCGGGUGGAACCACGACUCCACGCACGUCAUCCGCUUCCCGCUCAACGGAUACUGCCACCUCAACUCCGUCCAGGUUCUAGAGCGUCUCCAGCAACGAGGCUUCGAAAUCGCGGGCUCCUGCGGUGGAGGAGUGGACUCAUCCCAGUUCAGCGAGUACGUCCUGAGGAGGGAACUGAGGAGGUUGAGUCCGCGAGGACCCAACUCAAACCGGAUAAAGCAGGAGCAGCUGGACUAGAGCCCUCCGCACCAGCAGGAGGCGCUAGACUUUUCCGUGGCAGCCAAAGACGCUGCAGAGCUCUGUGGACUCUGUUUAUGAUUUUUUAUUUUCCUUCAUUUCCUCGUUCAUGUUUUCUUAAACUUGAGAACCAUCUAAAGAGUAAAUAAGCGGUGCAACAGGAGAUUUCUGCCGGAAGAAGAUACAGUUAAACACAAAGUUUGAGAUUGCAAGGACAUUUCUGAUUGUCUCGCCCCGAAAACAAACGCGAUAUUGAUAAAGAUUUAUAUACGCUGGGUCCCCAAAAGAGUUUGUUUUAAAACUAAGCGCCUACAUUAGGUCGGAUUUCUGGUUCCCCGUGGAUGAUGGACAGCUCCCGCCACCUCCUCUGUAUAAAGGUCACCAAUCUGUUUACAGUAGAGAAUGUCUCUGUUGUCUCACAUUGUUUUGAAAAACAUGAUGAAUAUUGUGAUACCAAUGAAGUGUUUUUUGUACUUUAAUGGAAGUCUUGAUUUAACCAUGAAAUAUCAUCCAAAUUCCACACCAAUCUAUAUAUAAGUCAAGAGAAUAAUUUAACUAAAUUAUUUCCAUUCGCCUCAGUGGGAAGUGUCGACUGGCCCCACCUCCUCCUCCCCCUCCCCCUCCUCCUCCUCACGUGCUACUUCUCAGAAUUGGACCAUGUAAAUUACUUUUUAAUGUAUGUGUGUGUGUGUGUGUGUCUUUUUUUACAUGACAAAUUUGUUGCCUGACUGAACAGCUUCAUUGUAAAACCCAAGAAGAUUUAUUUGUAGCACAACAUGAAGUGUUUCGAAGACGACUGACCCACCUACGCUCCCUGGAUUUGACGCGAAAAGAGGAAUGUAGCAAAAAAAAAACUUGUGAAAUAAAUCUCAACUUCACUUGU